AUGUUACAAGCUAUGGGCAGCAUCUCAUAUCACGGGCCGAUUUUGAACUCUUUUCCAUCCUUACAGACGUUUUUCCCUACUGAGCCCAAGGUCGAGGAGACCAAGCCUGUCGAGGCCCCUCAGACCGCCACUGAGACCACCACGGCCGAGCCUACCACCACUGAGACUGCCACUACUGAGGCUCCCGCCACCGAGGCCCCCGCCACCGCGACCGAGACCAAGGAUGACAAGCCCGUCACUUCCUCUGCGGUCUUUUCCAUGUUUGGCGGUGGAGCCAAGAAGGAGAAGAAGGAUGAGGAGGACCGUGGCGAUAACUCCGGCAGCGCAAAGGCUCAGCGCGAUGCGGCCACGGCUAAAGGCGAUGAUGAAGCUCCCGAGAGCGAGGACGUGCACUUUGAGCCCGUCGUCAAGCUGACGGAGAGGGUCGAGACCAAGACCAACGAGGAGUCUGAGGAGCAGCUCUUCAAGAUGCGCGCUAAGCUCUUCCGUUUUAUCAAGGAGUCCAAUGAGUGGAAGGAGCGUGGAACUGGUGAUGUUCGUCUGCUCAAGCACAAGGAGAACGGCCGUACGCGCCUGGUCAUGCGUCGUGACAAGACCCUCAAGGUCUGCGCCAACCACUACAUUGUGCCCGACAUGAAGCUUGCUCCCAACGUCGGCUCUGACCGCUCCUGGGUCUGGAACGCGGCCGCCGACGUCAGCGAGGGCGAGCCCGAGGCCGUUACUCUGGCCAUUCGCUUCGCCAACUCGGACAACGCCAACGAGUUCAAGGACUCGUUCCUGAAGGCGCAGAAGGAAAACGAGGAGCUUUUCAAGAAGGCCGAGGCCGAGGCUGAGGCUGAUGCGAAGGCUUAA